UCAUAAUAUGCCUAAUGGUUCUGCCCAAAAUGGACCUGGUCUAGAGCAGCAGUUUACUGCUGCUUUGGACUUGAACGCUCAAGGGCGUGGUCGUGAUUUCCCUCAUCAAGGUUUUCCUCCAGGACCCAACAAUGGUGACAGAAGUGCCUACAAUGACCGUGGUGGAUACAGUGAGCGUGGGGGCUACAGUGAGCGUGGCAGUAGCAGGGGUGGUUUCACAGACUACAGAAAUGGUGGACGUGGCAGUAGUGGGAGUGCUGCCAAUUACAACAAUUUUGGCAACCGACGUGGUAGUGGCGGCAAUGGUUUUCAAGGCCGUAGUGACACAAGUGGUGACAGUCGUUGGAGUGCUAGUCAGCAAGGUGCCACACGCUUUGAUCGUCCGGCCACUGUGCCACCACCAGUUCCCAACAGAGCAGUCGGUGGGAUGCAUUAAUUGAUGACAGAGAUCGAAUGAGAACACGCAAUGCUGGUCAGGGCUACAAUCGGUGGGACAACAGGCAAGACUGUGCUGCAGAUGGAAGAGAGGAUUGGUCGGUGCCACUGCCCAGAAAUGAGCGCCUUGAACAGGAACUGUUUGGUGGAGACAAUACUGGCAUUAACUUUGACAAAUAUGAAGACAUUCCCGUUGAAGCUACUGGAGACAGUCCACCACCACACGUUGAAAGUUUUGAAGAUUGUAAGCUGGGUGAAAUCAUCCGCAACAACAUUGUGCUUAGCAAGUACUCUAAGCCCACACCAGUCCAGAAAUUUGCCCUACCAAUAGUCCUUGGAAAACGUGAUCUGAUGGCAUGUGCACAGACAGGUUCUGGAAAGACAGCUGCCUUUCUUGUGCCCAUCUUGAACCAGAUUUAUGAAAGUGGACCAUCUGGAGUUCCUCAAGGCAAUCAGCAGCAGGGACGUGGGUAUGGCCGUAGAAAGAUGUAUCCUCUUGCAUUGGUGCUUGCCCCCACAAGAGAACUUGCUUCGCAGAUCUACGAUGAAGCACGAAAGUUCGCUUAUCGCUCACGUUUGCGACCAUGUGUGGUUUAUGGAGGUGCUGACAUUGGGGCUCAAAUGCGAGAUCUUGACCGUGGUUGUCAUUUGCUAGUUGCCACACCUGGUCGUCUUGUGGACAUGAUGGAGCGGGGGAAAAUUGGCUUGGAUCAUUGCACAUUCCUCGUUUUGGAUGAAGCAGAUCGAAUGCUGGACAUGGGGUUUGAACCUCAAAUCCGUCGUAUUGUUGAGAAAGACACCAUGCCAUCUGUUGGAAAACGCCAAACUCUUAUGUUCAGUGCAACUUUUCCAAAGGAAAUUCAGGUUUUAGCUCGCGAUUUCCUGGAUAACUACAUAUUCUUAGCUGUUGGUCGAGUGGGCAGCACCAGUGAAAACAUCACUCAGAAGGUUGUAUGGGUAGAGGAGAACGAGAAGAGGUCCUUCCUUUUGGACCUGCUGAAUGCAUCAGGUCCUGAUUCCCUUACCCUUGUAUUUGUGGAGACAAAGAAGGGAGCAGACUCGCUAGAAGAGUUCUUGGUGUAUGAGGGUUACCCAGCUACAAGCAUUCAUGGCGAUCGCUCACAGCGAGAGCGAGAAGAUGCUCUUCGAGUUUUCAAGAAUGGAGAGCGGCCCAUACUUGUUGCAACUGCAGUUGCUGCUAGAGGUUUGGACAUCCCCAAUGUUCGUCAUGUUAUCAACUUUGAUCUGCCAAGUGACAUUGAGGAGUACGUGCAUCGUAUUGGACGUACUGGCCGUGUUGGAAACCUAGGCUUGGCUACAUCAUUCUUCAAUGAAAAGAAUAAGAACAUCACUCGUGAUAUGAUGGACCUACUUGUAGAAGCAAACCAAGAGGUGCCGCCAUGGCUAGAGUCUCUUGCCUAUGACUCUCGUCCCAUCGGACCUCGGAGAGGUGGACCACGCAGGUUUGGAAAUUCUGGUGGUGGUGGCAGUGGUGGUGGCGGCGGCAGCGGCUUUGGAGGUAGAGAUUAUCGCCAGAAUAAAGCACCACAAGGCAAAAAUUUUGGAAACCAAGGCAGUGGUGGCUAUAGUAACCAGGGAGGCUUCAGUCAUUACAACCAGUAUCAGUAUGGGGGCAAUUAUGGUGGCAGUUAUGGUGGGGGUGCCCCAGCCAAUGACUGGUGGGGAGGAAACUGAGCAUAAGGCAGGCGCUGACCUGAAGUUUCCCGGCUGUUGUCAGCGUUGAUGUUUAGGCCUUCAGUGUGUCGGCAAGCUUCGUGGGAGGACUGCCCUGCUUUGUGACUGAAAAUGGACAAUGUUUUCUUCUCAACUUGCCCCUAUGAUUGAACUUGCCCUCCUGCUGUUUGUCUCUCUCUCUUAUUCCUUUUUUUUUUUUUUUCUUCUUUGGAAUGAAAAUCUUUUUUGGGGGGUUUGAACCAGUCAUGGCAUGUGAAGCUUUGUUCAAACUCGAAAGACAUUAUUGCAUAUUUCCCAGCUUUCCUAGCACACUUAACAAAAGAGAUGAUGUCACCACUAACCAUAACUGUGUGGAACUGCUGUUGUCAGAUUAUAUCGCGACUUGUCACGUACUUGAGAAAGAUGAGGAGAUAGGUGGAUUGAUAGGGGCAUGGGUAAUUAAAACCAUAUCUUAUUUGAAUGUACACAUUCACUCAGGAUUUGAAAGAGGGCACACACCAUGUGUAGAGUACAUAGAACUUGAUAUAUUAACAGCAAGAAGUGUUACUCCAGCAUGCUUCUGCCUUGUUCAGCAUCCAAUUUCUGGAGACAUUAAUGGUUUGGAAACGAAAAUGAGAAAGGUGGCACACAUACGCUUCCUUUUAUUGCAUUGAUGGAUCAUACUUUCUAACCAUAUGUAUCCACACACACAUGCAUAUAUAAUUUAUAUAUAAAUACUGCUAACCAACCAUGUUGAAAUGUUUGGUCUCCUGAAAACUCAGCAAAAGUUGUGAGUGACUGAAAUACUGGCUGAAGGGUCAGUAGGUCAAGUGGGAACAUAACAGGAACGUUUCUGGAGUGCAGCAUGUAGCCAUUUCAUACAUCAAAAACAGCCAAGUCAGCUACUUUUACUAAGAUUUAUUAUAAUUGUCUUGAACAUGAUAGAAAGGCAGCAAUAUUCUUUUUCCCUGUGUGUGUUUCUUGUUUAAAGAAGUGCCAUUUUUCAUGUGUAUAGAUUAAUGGUUGGGUGUAAUUUAACCUAUCUAAAACUGUGGUUCUCAGAUGACGGGGAGAGAACAAGAUAACUGUAGAGAUGGUGCUUGUAAACUAUUGCUGAAAGGCGGCUGGCUAUUUCAUAAAGAUGUGUUAUUCCCCAUCCACACAGAUUGUUGCAAGCUGGAUGUCAAAUGGCUUUACGCCUGGGAGGGGGUGGGGAAAAUCUUAUCUGUGCUUCAUGCAUUGGUGAGGGCUGCCUGUCAGGUUGAAUGAAAGCCUGUAUCUUUGGUAUAAAGGCAGCUUUAUGAGCAUGAGAGUCAAGUAGUGGAUGUCAUUCAACUUGAUGACAAGCAUGCUACUAACCCACUGUCGGUAGCCUGCAUGUGAAGAUUGUGGUGUAGGUAUCUUCAUACACCAUGCUUUGCUGUGGUAUACAGCUGAUUUAUUAUUUGCGUUUUUCUUUGAACAUUUUAUUUUCUGUGAAAAUGUGUUAUAGAUUGAAAGCAGUUUGAAUAAAUGUAGUCCAGAAAAAAAAGCCUUUAAAGACGUUGACAUAAUCGCAUGCAACUCCUCGCUCACUGAGUUGAACAUGGGAUAGGAGACAGCUCAGGAGAUGUCUCUCUUGAGACAAUCAAAUAUAGUAGAUAAGGAGUUUUAGCAAAAAAUGUUGUGUGCAAAACUUGAGGUUAUUUUGAUAAAUGAUUCCAAUGUUUUUAUACUUGCCCAUCCACCUGGACAUUGUCGCUUCACAACUUCAGACUCACAUAUGUUGAAAAGAGAUCUGAUUGUUUAUUCAUGCGUACAAUGCUCUUCAUAUUUUUUUUCUUUCAUGAGACUGAUAAUCCAGUUACGUUACAAGUAAAUAGAAUAAAUUGUUUCUUCAUUCCCCAGACACCAGUCUUCGCUGUUGCCUAUCCUGUAAGCACACGUGCAUAAUCUCUAGGUUAACAGGUCCCUGGUUUAGACUUUUUGACCAGAAGUGUUGUGCAUAGUCUUGAAAAAAGGUCACAUAAUGUUUCUCUUGCAGAACAGCUAAGAAACAGUGUAUAUGUGGCCAUACAAUUUGACUAUGCAUGGGGUUAUGUUCCUUGUAAAAAUAAUCUUCAUGUUGAUGAAGGGGCCAAGAUUUCUCUACACAGCCCAGCUGCAACACUGGGGCAGCUCCAGCAAGGGAAGUAACUGCUCAGGGAUCAAGCUUUUUUUUUCUUUUGAAAAAAAAAAUCGGAGAAUGUGUUGUGUUAGCAGUUCUCUCCUCCCCCUUCCCCUCCCAAGACCAUUUCUUGCGCCAUUGUCUUAAAGGGAAUUAUGUUGUAGCUUGAGACUGUCGGCUACAGACUGGAUCACUAUUACUGGCUUGUGACUGAGGUGUGUUGCAGUGCAUGCAGCUGGUUUUGUCCAAAACUGUUUGCAUUGUAUAUAUCAUUCGCAAGGAAUAAACUGGCGGCAAACAGUUUUUUUGGUCACUGACAGUUAAAAGGGUAAAAUCAGGAUUGGUCUUAUAAACAGGUUCCAAAUCUUGUCAUUUAUAAUAUUAAAAAAAAAAAAAAAGAAAGCAAUGAAAGAUGGCCAUUUUCAGUUUUAUAUCUAGUUCAACUGUUUGUUGCUUUUUCUUUUAAAAGUUUGAUCUCCUUUUGGCAUUGAACCUAAAUUAUAUUCUGUUAUCCCACCAAAUGCGUAUUUUGUAAGACGUUUGAGAGAUAUAAUUCUAUAUAUAUAUAUCCGUUAUAUAUACACACCAGUGCGCGUAUUGAAUACAUAAUCAUGAUUGUAAUGAAGCUGAUAAUAGGUGCUUGCUCCAAACGAUGUGCAAGCAACAAUGGGAGUGAGAAGUUGUGUCUAGAGUUGCAAGUGUCCGGUGGAUGGAGUUUUGUGGCAGUUUAUUGUUACUAAGUGAGCACCAUGUACGGUACUUAAAUAAGACAGGUCGCGAAAGGUCUGACAAGGGAUUCAACAGCUUGGGGAAAGUGCACAAGUGCACUUACCCUUUACUCAUACAGUCCGGUGUGCUAGUUUCUUUUUUUGUCUCUUAAGCAGGACUCGUUUGAACUUUUUUUAAAAAAUAUAUAUAUAAGCUGGAAGGGAAGGAUUCCUUUCCUACUCCUUCUUAAAUCUCCUCAAUGAUUUGCAAACGAGUGUUGAACAAUGCUCAUAACGAGUGGGGAUUUUAAGUUCAUGUACUCUUUUUCACCUCCCACUCGAUUCUGGUUCAAAUCCUGUUCUAAUGUUGCAUGUAAACUUAUUGAUACAUGGACAUUUAUUGUGCAGUGGUGGUUUGGUGGCUUUAAUUUUGUUUAGUUUCUGUUAGUUUUUAUUUGUCUUAAUGUAUAUGUCUUGAUGCUGUUCCUUGGUUAGGUGGGAAUAUUUUUGGUGGGAAGGGAAUAAAAGCUAGAAAUCUAAUCCCAGAUUUUUAAAAAAAAAACCGAUGACUACAGUCUUGUGGAUAUCAGCAUUUGGAAAUGUGUACAUAUAUAAUACAUUACUAGAUUGAUAUUGAAGUAUAGUAAUGAAAAGAUGAUGGUUAAAGUUUCUGUCUUUUCCACCUGCUGAAAACAUGAAAGCUAUGUUUUUUUGACUUGUACUGAUUGUUUCACACCAACUCUUUCACACAGCUUUCUAGGACAUUUGCUUGCCUGUAACAAAACAUGAGGGUGCUUGGUUCAUCAUGGGCACAUGAUCUCUGUUGCAUCUGUUGUAUGAAGGGGAAAAAGAUGAAUUGAUAGGGUUUAUUAGAGAGCUGUAUUAUGUGUAUUGUAACAAUGAACCACUACAUCCUUUUAAAAAAGUGAAAAUUUUGGGCUUUUAUUUUUUUUUAAACAGACUGUUGCUGCUGGAAGUGUGACUGUCUUGUCAAUUUUUUUUAACUUUCAUUUUAUGAUGUAUAACUUGCCUGAAAACACUACUUUUUUUAAAAAAUUGAAUUUAAAUAAGUCUGAUAUACAACUUUUGCCAUUUUUUUUUUUCCUGUUCUACCAAUGUUUUAUUUUGAAUUAAUGUCAUUGCUGAUACAGAAACAUGGACCUACACACAGGUUAAAAAGGAGGUUAACAGCAUGAAGUGGUUGCAAUGAUACAGCUAGCAAACUUAUUUAAUUUGGAUAAACCAGUGUUGAGCUGUAUUUCAUCAGUAAUUCCUGCAGAACUUUCCAUAUGAUUAUAUAAUGGCUAGUCAUUAGACGACCCCCCCCCCCCCCCAAAAAAAAAAAAAAAGUUGUCUCUUUUGUGCUUCUCUGAUUAUGUGGAACAUUUUUAAUGAAUCUCCCGAGAUUCGUUAUUCACACACACACACACACACAAAAUCAGCAACCGAGGAAGGUAUGUUGUUUUUCCUGUUAGCGUGCUGGGAGGCAGUAUUUAUCUUGUCUGGGAAUAGGAUAGGGGAUGAACUGAAAUUAAUGGAAGUGACGAAAUAUUUUUUAAAUGGUUAGAAAACAAAGUAACUGUUUAGAAAUGGAAAUUAUUUGUAUUGUUUUAAAUUGUUGCAUUAGCAGAAAUUUAUGAAGUUAGUGCAUCUAGAACAAACAGAUUACCAGUUUUGUUUUUGUUGGCUUGUACUGAUAUAUAUAUAUAGAUGUUAGCCUACAUCGUAUGCUUACAUCACAAGAAUGGUCAUCAAAGUCUGGGUGAGAAUCUCAAAGUGAUCAGAGUAUUUUUGGUAGCAUUCAGAGUGUGUGUGUGUGUGCAUGUUACAUUUGCCAGGGUUUAUAUCUGUAUGGUUGUAGUCUUGCAUCUUGUUCUCCCAGCUUUGUUUCUUGAGAUUGUUUAUACACGGGCAACUUGAGCUGUCUUCUACAAUUUGUAAAUGUUAUUUGGUGGCUAAAUUCAUAAGUAUUCUGUAUGCAGAGGCCGGUGAUAGAGUGGAAAAUGUUUAUGCCUUCUUGUCCUGCAAAGUUCUGCAGCCUUCACUAAGUGGUUUUACCCCCCUCACGUUUUGCCAUUCUAUUAUCUGCCUUGCCUUUACUUUUAUCCUACUUUUUUCCCUUUCUUUAUUCUUUGGUUGAUGAGCAGGGUCUUUAAAAGCACUAUCCUGCUGCAUUAUUUUAUGAUGUUCUUUCCAAACUGUUUUGAAGGCAGUGUCAAAUGGUUUUGAUCAUUGAAGUGCUUAGACUGGAUAUUUCUAUGGCUUUUUGUGUCGGGCAUGAGGAAGGCCCCAUGGCCUCCAAAUCUAAGUGCACUCACAGGUGUGAGGCUUGCUCUUGUCUGUGACAGGAACUCAUCAUAGCCUUCAUAGUUCAGUGCAUUUACAGGUGCAAGGCUUGCUUUUGUCUGUGACAGGAACCCACACCUCCUUCCAUGGUUCUGGCAGUGCACCUAAUCCUUCCACAUGUUAUGUCAUAUCCUUGACACGGUGAACCUUUUACCCUUCUUGGCAUUAUUCCUUAUUGGUACUGAAGCUUAAUGCAGCUUCUUGGGUCAGAUAAAUUACCCAAGUGAUGUUGGGAGCUGAUUAUUUUUUAUAUGUAAUUCCAAGCCUUAGUAAUAUUUAAGGUUAGGACUAAAGAGGUCAACAGUUCAGAGCCAUACAAUAGCUAGGCUGAUGGACAAUGCCAAGGAGGUGCUAGACAUGUUACCUGUUACUAUUACCAAAAUGUCUGGUGUGAAUAAUGAGUUUCACAUAAUAAGUUUGGAAAUGCCACCAAUCCCAAAAACUAUUCCUUGUUAUGUGAUAUGCAUCAUUUUGUUUGAUGAAUAUUAGAACAUUUGUCAAAGCAUCAUUCCCUCCUUAACUUUGAGCAUUGCAUAGUCUUAUUGCAAGUUAAAUAUCAUUCCUUCUUGAAAUACAGAUCAGCAUGUUCCUGUUGCAAGCUGUUUUACUUAGUGGCGUAAAAGUCUUGAAAUUGUAAACUGAAGAAGCAUGUAUGCUGUGGUGGUCUAUUUGUAUAUUCCAUCUUGACACUUGUCAAAAUGAUACACUUGGCAUACUUUGGUAUUAUGUUACACAAUGGUCAUUUUAUUUUUGCAUGAAUGUUUCAAAAGCGCUUUGUCUUCCCUUUAACAGCUUUAAAAAAAAAAGUAUUCUACUUCUGCAUCUCUCUCGCAGGGACUUGCCAUCAGCACAUUUUAUGCAGCAUGUCAUGUGUGAAGGUUGAAAAAUGUCAACAGAAGACACUAGAUUGUGAAAUACCUGUGAAAGAAGCAUGCCAAUUUUUUCUAGAUUGGUUACUUUUUUACUGGGACAGAAGAGCUUUCAUAAAGCUAGCAUCCAUGAGCAAAGUUGCUGAUGAAUUUCUUUACAUGAAUCCUGACCCUUGUAUGAUGACCUGUACAAUUGACUGAUCUUGUUAGUACGGGGGAGAAGCUUGGAAGGACCGUAGCUUGUUUGUUUGGUUUUUUUUAAAUAGGGGAUUGUGUCUAAAAAUUACCUUUUAAACUAGCUGUUAGCCUGCAUAAGUGUACAACAGCUUAUUGUUUUAUUAAGGAUAUUCUGAAGACUGCUGUACUCAGUCUUCUGCUUUCCUAGAUACCAAAGAAAAUAACACAUUAGCACAUGAGUGACCUAAUAGUCCUGGCAGACUUGAUAUCUGCCAUUCUGGCAGAACAGGUCAUGCAGAAUGUUCUCCUUCUCUUCUUUAUUCUGUUGACACCAUGCUGGUUCACUAUCAUCAGGCUGGGUAGUGUGUCCUUAUCUUUGUUUUCUGGGAGGUUUUUUUUUGUUGUUGAGGAAUGUGGGUGCUAGAAUUCUACGAGUAUGCACUUUUAUCUUUUCUCUGAAUUCUGUAUAUUUUGUUUGUGUCUGUAUUCGGUAGUAAAUAUGACGUAAAUGACUUUUUAAAGAAGAUUUUUUUUUGAAAAGACAACUCUUAUGCUAUCAGUAAUCACUAAAGUAUUUUUUAACAUUAUUAUAGAAUGACAUUGUUUAUGUGUUGUCGGUUUUUUUUUGUUUUUUUUUUUUCUUCAUUAUUUCAUCCCAAGUUAACUUGGGAGCUGAUGGCAAUGUCUGAAUGAUGACAUACAACAAAAACUUUCUGAAUAGGUAGCGGAAGCAAGCCUUGCAAUGUUUAUGUGGAAAUAAAGGGACAAUUCGUGUUGAAUAGUCCAUAAAUAGC